AUGAUUAAAAACUUGAUAACCCAAAAUCCACUUGAAAAGCGGUUAAAGCAAGUUCCAAGCAGGAUGGUUUCCAUAAAAUUAUACUAUGAUCUGCUAUCACAGCCAUCGCGGGCUUUGUAUGUGUUUUUCAGGCUCAUGAAAAUCCCCUUUGAAGCUUGUCCUGUUGCUUUAAAGAAAGGGGAACAUUUAACCGAAGAAUUUAAAGAAAAGUAUAACAGGUUCCAAAAGGUGCCCUUUAUUCACGAUGGUGACCUGAAAUUGUCUGAAAGUGUGGCAAUCAUUCGAUACAUAAAAAGGAAGUUUUCCGAUAAAAUCCCGGACCACUGGUAUCCGCAAGACAAUUUUGAACAGGCGAAAGUGGAUGAAUAUUUAGAGUGGCAACAUUUGAAUACGAGAGCAUUUUGCGCUGUUUAUUUCAGAGAUAAGUUUAUGGUACCGAUGUUAACGGGACAGACACCGAAUCCUCAAAUAAUUAAAAAAAGGGAAGAAAACCUGGUAGCAUUUUUGGAUCAGUUUGAAGAUCUGUGGCUAAAUCAAGGACACGAGUAUGUUGUCAACAAUAAAAUUUCGAUUGCUGAUUUGGUAGCCGCGUGCGAGUUGGAACAGCCGAGUGCUGUCGGGUUUGAUGUAACAGUUGGCCGACCGAAAUUGAAAGCGUGGAUCGAUAAAAUACGCUUGGAAUGCAAUCCUCACUAUCAAGACGCCCACGAGAUUGUGUACAAACUUGCCAAAAGAAACGAGCCAAUUCCAAAACUUUGAACUGUGCACCCUUUCAAGUAAUAAAAGUCCGAUUUUAUAUUAAUAUAUAAUUGAUGAAAACGUCAAUUGCAAUUUAUUUAACUAAUCAUAUGCUCUCUGAAUCCAUAAGUGACUUGCAAGGGUAUAUAGUAUAUUAUGCAACAAGAGGGCAUUUGAGUCAGGAGUUUAUUUUAUUAGGGUCUUUUUGCACCUCUUAAUUUGGCGUUGUUUUAUUUUACCCCUUAUUUGAAGCGUACACACUUCGAGAAUAACCUUUUCCCUUGUUAACCAAUGAAGUUCAAUGCUAUCUAAAGUUCCCAUUACUGAAGUUCAAAGCGUAAGCUGUCAGCUGUAAAGCGAUAAGUUUCAAAAAUUCUUUGUACUUGAGAUGUAACAUUUUAAAUAUUUUUAUUUCAAUGGUUUCUUGCGCAAAAUAAUAUUUACUUUAAGGUUGUGAUUGUAUUUCGCUCAUUUGUAACUUAAAAUUGAGAUAAACGCAAUUUUUUUUCUUUUAAGUAACGAAAGUAAAUAUAACAUUUUAAUGUAAUGUCCACAAAAUGUCAUAUAACUGCUAUAGUAUAUUAUGCAAUAAGUGCGGUAAACGGCAUUUGACUCACGAGUUUAUUUGACACAAGCGGAGCGCAGAGCUUGCGACAUUUAACAACCACCAUGGCCGCUGGCAAAUCGUCUAUAAGGUCACUAUAUAUUAUCUAAUUCAGAGAUGAAAUAUCAAAAUAUUGGAACGCUUACUGCUUUAUACCAUAGAUAAUGCAGUCCGUUUGCCUUUGGUUAAUUUCGCGAAAUGGCCAUAGUGGUGCUAUGUGGCACAUCUGUCUAAUCUAUUUUUUUUAAUUGCAAAUCAUCCAUGCUUGUUACGUGCUUGGCAAGGAAACUCACAUCUCGACAACGUUAGGUCCUAGGGGAUCCCCGUCGAAAAAAAAUUUUUUUUUUCUGUCCGUUCUCCGUUCUCUGUCCACACUUGAUAAAAACGUAAAUAAUUGCCAAACAGCCAGUGCGCUGAGAUUUGACUCCUUUUAAGUGGCCUGCGAGAUAAUAUAAGAAAUGACCGCGAUCGGACAUUGGCGCCCAUCGCCGAUUUGCGUCUGUUUUUCGUACAUCGCUAUGAAACAAGAUAAAUAAAAUUUGGCAUAAAUAUACAGCUUAGCUCCCUUACGAGAUCUAUUGAAAUUGGGUGGGCUGGGGGUCGGGAAGUAUUUUAAAAAAUUUAAAAACCACUUUAGCAGGGUAUGGAUAAAAAAAUCAUUGCUCAAAAACGGUAUCCACGAUCAAAAAAGUAUUUGAAACAAAAUACGCGCGAGAUUCGGAUCAAAAAUCUUUAUUCUUGAUGAUUUUUUAAAAAUCUACAAGGCGCGUCGGUAAUUUGCCAAAAAACUGAAAAUUGAGUUCUUAUAACGAUAAUUGACCAUAAUUAUACGGCUAUGAUUCAGUUGUCAGUUUCUUUCAUAUGACAGUAUAGCCCAUAUAGACAGCUAAAAAUCUUCUAUUUAACGUUUCCACAUUUUGUAUAGUGUGUUCGGAAUAUUUCUUGUUAUAACGUAAAAUAUAGUAGGUGUCUUAAAUGCGCGACUAUCGACUUGAGAUUUGGCAGGGAUGUAGAAGUCUAGCCACAUUUAAACUUUAGAAGUUGGGCGCAAUCAAAAGUAUUUUUAAACAAUUAAAAACAAAAAUUUUGGGUUAUUUUUGCUUCUAGAGAAAAAUAUUUUUCUCGAAACGUAUUUAGCCGAUCUGCAAAAUUCUUGAAGCAGGAUACUCGGGAGAUUCGGUGGGACUAUACCUUUUAUCUCAAGCGUUUUUUCGAUUCUACAGGGUUAUUCACAAUGAGUGUCCUAUUAGACGUUUCUGGAGAAUGACUUACGGUAAAAAAUGAAAUUCUGGUUACUUAUGUAAACAAAUGGGAGCUGCCUACGUAAAAUAUUUUUAGCCAUGCGGUGUUACCAACUUUCGUUAUAUUAUUAUGUAUAUUAUUACAUUUUUAGAUUCUGCGAAACACUUUGGAUUUUUUUGUAUGUAACAUGUACCAUACCUAUCUUGAACCUUUUCGGAGAUUCAAAUAUUUUUUAAGAAAUUUGGCAACAAACAACCCGAUAUAAUUUUUUUCGCAACCCGUACAGCUAAACACCUGAAUUUUUGGUUGCAGUUCCCUAUUAAAUUGCGUUAUCAUAAUAAAGUAUGAGAAUUAACUUAUCGCGUUCGGGGCGUUCAUUAGAUAAGGCCCAAUUGGCAAGAAAUAAAAAUCCAUGUUACUUGGAAAUUUUAAAUGGGACAACCCAUAUUUUAUAAUGGCAAGUAAAUGAGCAAUUAAUUUGCCAUCUAAAUGUACUCUACUAUGGUAAUUCUAUUUUUACUGGUUUUCGAGUUAUAAACAAAAAAAGGCAAUUAAAUCGAUAUUAAAGUAAUCACAUUUUAUCGCAUUUUCAUAGUUUAAAGUUGCAUUUAUUUGAGAAAGCAAGAUGGCACGUAAUUAUGCAACGCAGAUGUAAAUUGUAAUUUUUACAUUUAUGGUGAGUGUCAAAUAAUUGUUUCAAGAAAGGGCAGAAGAUUUAAUGAUCAAUAUCCGCAUUUGCCACCAAUGUAUGAGAAAAAUUUUAUAGUAUAUUAUGAAACAAGGUUGGUAAACGGCAUUUGGCACGAGCGGAACGGGUGCUUAAUAAACGAGUAAUUCGAUAAUCUGUUAUUAUUUUCAUUUGUUAGAUUGUGAUUUUUUUUGUGACGGUCGUAGAAAAAGUAUAGUAUGUAACACGUCUGAGAAACUCUUUAUCUCAUCCGAUGCAUAGGUCUAUGGAGUUGGCCACCGCGUUCGCCAGAUAUUAAACCGGUUCAUGCCUACCUUUCGGGCGCUAUUAAAGAAAGAGUGUAUAAAACUCCAGUUGGAAUAAUAGAAGAUUUAUAGCGAAUGGAGGUAAUUUCAUAAUAUUUAGUUGUAUGUAAUUAAAAGCAAUUUAAAACCG